CAAAGCGAGAGUGAGCUUGACGUCCAAGUGGGUGGGGCUUGAAUUGAAACUCGUGCCGAUACCACCGGCUCUCACCUCACGUCAACUUGACGUGGAAAGUUCUCCACGACAUGCAAGCCUGUGAUACUCACUAAAAUGUCACCCACGACUGCAGGCGUAACCUAUCCCCUCUUGCGACAGUAAAGUCGUGUAAGGAUUAGUUGUUUUGCUUUACACUGCUGUUCACAUGUGCCACCAGGGAACGCUGGAGGGAGCCUCUGUACUAGGGCGGACUGGUCCACGGUGCGGGCUGCAGUAGCCGCGGAAGAUGCGACUGGAAGGGCCCUGGUGUUUGGGACUAGCGCUCAUCAUUAUCACAGAAAUUGGUGUGACGUCAGCAGGUUGUGACGACAACGCCAUUCACAGAUGCCUUCAACCUCUCAGCCGCUACAAACUGGGCAUGAGGUCUUUCGACGUAACAAAGCUCAAACAUGCCUGCAGUGUAUUUCCAGACGUAAAACGGUGCAUAUCGGGAGCCGGUAACCUAGAUUCAUGCGAGAGCGGUGCCUAUCUUCAGUGGAUUAGAAUCGAGGCUGCACUGCAGUUUGGUUGUGGAAAGGGUUACAGGGAUUUGGAGAUUGUGGCACCCUGUAUGCAGCGACAAGUGGUGAAGAGGCAGAUUGCGGAAUGCAAGUUCGAGUUCAACAGAGAUUUCUGCCGAUCAGUCGUGAAGUUCAUCCAGUGUAUGGGAUACACCGCCAGGCGUUACUGUGGAGACAGAGCGGGAAAUGUAACGCUCGUAUUGGCUAACCGAGUUGCCAAAGCGACUGCAAUAGCCACCGGCCUGACGUGCACAGAUGAUCAGCAUACCGGUAGCAUUCGCCUGGCGAUCGGACUAACAAUAAGUGUCCUGUUGGUGCUGAUAGCAAUUGUCGGCAUCAUAGUGUGGGCCAAAAGAAAACACGUGAACAGGAAGCAACAAAGUUUACUGCAUAAUGACUUUCUCCAAAUGCAAGGUGAUGGUAAAGAUUGAUAAAGAUAAUGUGUUUCUGGCGGAGAUGUAUGUGGAAUUUCUGAAGGGCUUUAUUCGUCAAGAACAUGAACUGGUGGAUGGUGUACGUGACCACGUAGCACUGCCCAACCGACCAUGUAGAGCUUCUACCAGAACCAACCCUCAGUCUCGCGCAGCCCCACUGACAGGCUAAUCGAUACAACUGCCAGUCACCACCUACUGGUAUUCACUUUCGUAUGUUCAAACAAUGGCCACCAAGAAUGAAUCUUAUCCGACUAUUCCAAAGUAAAGGUCAAAGUUGAUAAAUUGCCGGAAAAGGGAGACAGGGCAUCCGAGAUGACACGUUACGAGUUCGGGAUAAACUGAUGGAGAAUGAAAGAUUGGGACGCACAGUUUACACCAGGCGCUGUGUAAGAGUAAGGAUGUGCAUGCUAAACCCUGGGUGGUCUUCACGGGAAACACUAAGAUUAACUUCGUGGCAUCCACGUUACCCAAUGGCAUUAAAUCUGGAUUCGGUAAAAGCGUAUUAUAAACGCAUAAGUGAAAUCUUUCCACUUAUUCUGGGUAUUGAAAGUGCAGAUCACGGCGCUGUAAAGCCUUUAUUUCCUCCACUAUCACUUAAGAACGACAUACCAUGUUGUAAUAAGUCCCCUCCCCUAACCGACACCCUGCCUUUGUGGUGUUAGUUGCGUCUGCAUAAUCUAUGAACAAGUGUGAUGACAGCAAACCGUUGUGAAGACAGUCUGAGGUUUCCUGGGACAAGAACAACACAAAUAACCAAGUAGCUGAUGAUGUUUGUCAGCUUACACCAUACCUAGAGCUCCUCUCUGGACAUCACUGUAAAUAACUAAGUAUGUCUGUGGUGUAGAAAUGUUUGCACUAUAUUUACCUUACUGAGAUGGCAUUCAGUACAUGCAUACAAUAUGUGAGUUUUCCUCGUCAAAAUGAUAUAUGUAACCUUAAUGUGGUGUGUCUAAAUCACCAACCAGAUCAUCGCUAUUCUAAACAUAACCUAUGCAUUGCGUUUAGGGAAUCUCCAGAGUGAAUGGCGUCACUCAGUUGCAUGAUUGCAGUAACGUUAAAACCUGUUUUUCUGCACAAACUAAUGUUAUAUGGAAGUAUUUGCAAUGUGGCUGACCACACAGGUUUGACUGCAAUGUGGCUGACCACACAGGUUUGACAUCUGGCUGCUGACAGACCCACUCGGAAAUGAUUUAUAAUCCGCCAUGCACACUCAUGAACAUGCACAAACAUGACAAAACAGGAACAGUUAUUUGCUUAACACUUAAGUUUCCCUGAUUCAACAAUUGUUCACAUAGAUGAUGAGCACACAUUAGGCAUUGACAGCCAAAUCUGGGUGAAACACUGCAGGCAGAUUAACCAGUGUGAACUGUUGGAAAAUCGACUCACAGUGUGCUGAAAGGUUGUGGUUUGGCAAAACUAACGUCAUUUGCCAAACUCUGAAAAAAGUUCAAUGUGACAUGAAGCGAAUUCGAGACAAAACAAAAACAGUAGUGGAAGCCAUUUGUGCUAUCCAAUGCACUUUUUUCUGGUCAUUUUUUCUCCGCAUUUGAUAGAGAACGGAGUAAAACGCCAAUCAGUCAAAUCAAUUCACAUUUGGUUUGCCAAAACUUGCCGUCUGUCAGUCACCGGAUAUAUAACGGAGAACUGAAAUUCCUGAGUCUACCUGGUUAGUAAGAAACGACCUUUGUGACCGUUAAGUAGGCAGCUCUGUGAAAUAGAACCCCUUCUUAUUGGCUUUUUGAAAUGUCAGUUUCCUGUUACAGCAUAUUCUUCUGCAAUAACGACGCCAAUUUGUUCCUGCGGUGACAACUUGCAUUAGUGAAAACACACUUUGCUUGAUGUAGCUACACACUAUUUAAUCAUCAAACAAAAUAGACUCCAGCAAACAGUGUCUGUUAAGAAAAAAAUAUUUAAGCAAUGUACUUAUCCUUAAAUUUAAUGGAAGAAAUUAGAAUGGAACACGAGGAGCUUGUGAUUUAUCUUAGGCUGAUCUCUUAUACAUGUGCACGCUAGUUGUUAGGUGACUAUGACAGUUGUUACAAGCUCAGAUUUUUAAACAUUGCUAUAGAUCAAAUGAUAAGAAUAGGGGCAGAAUGAUUUUAUGUUACUCUGCUUGUAAAAUA